GUCAUCGUAUAUUUUAUUUUUAGAAAUUGUGCAUUUAAGUAUUAGUUAUGUUAAUUGUGUCAUAGACAAUAUUCUUAUAAAAUGGAUAUUGGAAUAGUUAAAAUUGCUGAAGAUAAGGAUUUUGAGAAGUUGAAACAUUUAUAUGAUGAUAAUAAUGAUUGGAGAUUAGAUUAUAAUAAACCUGAUUUAUCAGUUUGGACAAAAUCUGUAUCAGGAAUUAGUUUUAGAAUGGUAAAGAUUAGAACACGUUUUGCCGAUGUUCUACCAGAAACAUUAUAUGAUGUGUUACAUGACCCUGAAUAUAGAAAGGUUUGGGACACCCAUAUGAUUGAAUCAAAAGACAUAGGCUUUUUCAAUCCAAAUAACGAUAUUGGUUAUUAUUCAAUGGCCUGUCCAUCCCCAUUGAAAAACAGAGAUUUUGUUCUACAAAGAUCAUGGCUUGAUACUGGUAUAGAGCAGUUAAUUUUGAAUCAUUCUGUUUUUCAUAAAGACUAUCCACCAAAAAAGCAAUUUGUACGAGCAACAUCUUAUCUUACAGGAUAUAUAGUAAGACCAUCUCGAAAUGGUGAUGGCUCUGAAUUAGGCUAUGUCUCUCAUACCGAUCCGCAUGGAAAAUUACCAGUAUGGUUGGUUAAUAAAGUUACACAAAUAUUUGCUCCAAGAAUGGUUAAAAAAUUACAUAAAGCUUCUGUAGCUUACCCUAAUUGGAAAUUACUUAAUAACCCAAAUUAUAAACCUUGGCAUUUCCCUGAACAAAUUGCAUCACCACGUAUAAGAAUUGAGGAUGAAUUUUGAAGAUGGUUAAUGAAGAUUUAAAAAAGAUGAGAAUUGUAUUACUUUUUAAAUCUACCAAGUAAUUAUUAUCUUUGUACAAAAUGUAUUGCAGCAGAACAGAUAAUAUGUAUUUUAUUCAAUUUAAAAUAAUCUAUAUUCUUAUAUUACGUCAUUCAUUGUAGUUUGGCUGAUAUCAAUACCCUGGUGCAAGUUUAUAUAUACAAAGGUGAUAUAAAAGUACAUAAAUCAAUUGUGGUUUAUUAAUUGAUUCUUAUGUAUUAUUUUUUUACUUGUUUUAAAUGGUCUCUAUUUGUAUACAAUACAAUUAUAUGUAUGAUUAGUGCAAUUCAUUAUUGAAGUAAUUGUUAUUUUUAUCUGUUAUGUGGAAAUAAUAAUGAUAUACUCUACAUAUUUUUAUCCUAAUAUAUUUAGCAAAUUGUUAGAAACAAAAUAUCAAAAUAAUGAUUGGAUUCCAUAUAAGCAUUACUCUUUAAUGAAAGGGUUUGAUUUGAUGUAUUUCAUAAAUUUGACGUAACAUUUAUUAAGUUUACGAUGAGAAGAAAAAUUUCUAGUAUAGGUAAUUAUAAACUUAUUUUGUACCAGGUAGUUACUGCAGAGCCGGAAGAUAAACGGGAAUAAAGAAUAUAUAUAUAAUUAUAAAUUUAUUUCCAUUAUUACCAAUUUUACAAUUUUAUUAUUAAGAGGGUUAACAAAUUUCAUGUUUAUCAUAUAACAAAUUAUAUGAAAUACAUCAAAUAAUUUUGUAUUGUAUUGUAUUUGUGAGUAUAUUAUAUUAGUGUAAGUAUUUUUUAUAUUAACAAGUGCAUAUAAUUACAAUUUAAGUAUGAAAAACUUUUAUAUUAAUAUUAAAGUUUAAUGUAGUGCGUUAUGCAUUGCCUGGCACUUGAUUUGUUUAAAAUGUACUGUAUGAAGAUGAUAUAAAAUUGUUAAAAUUUCUAAUUAA